ACGAAAGUUGCGAAACUCAUUUUUAUUGUGGAAUUACAACUUAUCAGAUAAGAACUGAUAAGAACUUCCAGUGACAUAACCGUUUAAUGUUAAUUAUCGUAUAGACACAUCAAUAACACUUUCCAGAUGUGGCAAAUACAUUAUUAAGAUGUCUAUGUUCUGAAGAUAAUGAAACCUGAAGCAUGCUUAGAAGUAGCCAAGAGAUCUCGGAAACAGGCGGAGGCGUAUUUGGAAAGGGGUAAUGCUGGUCGUGCAUUUGCACAUUUCCUGCUGGCCCUCAAGCUGUGCCCAUCUUGGAAAGUAGAACUGAGCCAGCAUUUCACAUCAGCACUGUGUUCAUGGGGAGAAACAUUAGAUCAACAGCAGCGAUACAAAGAUCUCUUUAAUUGCUAUGAACAAGCUUUAGAAGUCUUUCCAAACAGUGAAGAAGUGCUCAACAACCUUGGAACUCAUCUCUACAGAUGGGGGCAUGUGACAGAAGCAUGUAAUUAUUUCCGACGUGCUGUAGCAUGCAACCCUGGGUUUCUUCCUGCAAGACGUAACUUUCAGGGGUCAUGCAAUUUGCUGGUGGAAAGAUGGCAUUUUCGUAUGCUUAAUGACAGUGUUCGGAAUGAUGCAUAUCGGGCAGCAAUUACCAGGAGAAUUCUUCAGCAGGGAUCUUAUUCAUCUGUGUUGGACAUUGGAACAGGCACAGGUAUUCUCAGUUUAUUUGCUGUGGAGGCAGGAGCUGGCCAAGUGUUUGCUUGUGAUUAUUCCUCUACAAUGAUUCAGAUCGCUUCUGAUGUACUGUGUGCCAAUGGAGCUUCAGACAAAGUCACUCUGAUCAACAAGCUUUCUACUGAUAUAGUCAUUCCAACAGAUAUGCCUGCAAGAGUAUCCCUUGUGGUGACAGAGACAGUGGAUGCAGGCUUAUUAGGUGAAGGUAUAUUGCAGUCUCUUAUCCAUGCUUGGGAACAUCUGUUGUUACCUCCGGGAUCUAAAGACCAAGUAGCAAAUGUAGGGAAAGUGGUACCUGAAGCAGCCGGUAUAUGGAUAGUUCCUAUAGAAUGCCUUCACAUCGCAAGGAAAUAUCAGCUUCAAAAGUCAGACAAAACACAGCAGGAUUUAUCAUACCUCGUACAGAAAGAAUCAAGUUUGGCAGAACCUGAAUUACAAGAAGUAUGCAGUAACAGAAGGGAACUUGACCUAAGCAAGUUGGGGCUAACAGCUAAGCGUGAUGAACCAUAUGACACCGAGGACUUAAACACAGUUCCUGAAGGCUACAAGUCCCUUGCAUCACCAUGCUGUGCUCUGCAUAUCAAAUUCAGUGAUUGCCAGGACAUGGCUGCUUGGUUGCAUGGACAGAAGUGUGUAGAACACUGCCUCACAUGCACCCAGUCUGGUCAAGUUGAUGCUAUAGCAAUGUGGUUUGAUCUACACCUUGAUGAUGUCACCACCCUCUCAUCUGCUCCUGGUGAUGACAGUGACAGAGACAGAGUUUACAGAGCAGAUUGUUGGGAUCAAGCCAUAUUCCCUGUUGAGUCUCCCAUCUGUGUUACAUCAGGUCAGAAAUUAAACAUACAUAUUAUGUGCCAUGGUGGAAAAGUGUCAGUCGAUGUCCAUGAUCAGCAUAGAACAGAAGACGCACAUACUAUAAGCAAGUUACAGAAUGCAUUUUCUUCCAGUAAAAUAUCUACAAUACAGAAUGAUUCCCAGUCUUCAAAAGAUCUUCAUAAUAAUGAUCAGAAGAGCCCAGAAAAUACUAGUAGCACUGCACAAUCUGACAAUGAGUCCUUCAAACACCUGCCAUUAAAUAUUUCAGCAAAUUCAAAAAGGAAAACUUCAUGUCUUGACAACACUAAUUGCAGGAAAAUUACAUCAUACAGUUCAACAGGUAAACAUUUGUUAUGUGAACAUAAUGAAGAAGAAGAAGAAGAAAUGGUAUUAAAAGAAACAAAGGAAAAAUAUAAAGUGACAUUAAAUGAUACCAAUAUGUUGGACAGUUUGGACAUUUCAAGAAGUGAAAGUUCUUCAAAUACAUUGCUGCACAAAGUACCAGAGUCAGACAUUAUUGGUGGUACUCAAAGGUUAGAUUGCAGUGCUGUGGUAUCUCAAGGGGUUGUACAGUUUCUCAAUGAUGAACUGUGGAUGGAAACAUUAAAGAAGACUGCUGUAGUCCUGCAUCAACAGCUACAUAUUUCUUCAGUAUUAGAUCUUUCUCCAUUCCCUGUACUUGGUUUACAUUUGCUCAUGAGUCAUCCAGCCAGACUGAUGUGUGUUGUGAGUUCAGUGGAAGACGAGUCAGCUAUAAGGAAGGUUGCAGAGUUGAACGGUAUUACUACAACACAGUUGCAGUGUGUAACUGAUAAACAAUUACAGGAAAUACUGGAAGAUGGCAAUGCUCAGUUUGAUGUAAUUAUGGCACACUUGGUGGAUCUUACUGGUGAACUUAAGGAGACAGUCUUCGGCAUGAUACCAGCACUUAAGUCAUCACUGGCCAAGGGUGGCAUUCUCUUACCCCAGCAUAUCUCUGUGAUGGGUCAGCUGCUGGAGUCUGAUUGGUUGGUUCAGGUGUCACAUGUUCAAACCAGUUCAAACACUUGUGGUUAUGAUAUAGCUCCCUUCAUCAACACAUAUCAGGUGUCACAACAUCUAGACCUUAAUCUGUCAACUAUUGCCACUGCUGUUCUAAGCAAGCCUGUUGAAUUGCUGAAAUUCAGCUUAGAAAGAACCACCUACCAGACUACACAAAUUACAAGUACAAUGGUUACACGUUCAGGAAUGGUCAGUGCCAUAGCAUAUUGGUACAACAUCCAUCUUCACAAGGACACUCCAGCCAUCUGCACAGCUAAUCCAAGUUCUCAUGUGAAUCAGGCAGCCAUCUUGUUUCAACCUUAUGUGUCUGUCUAUGAUGGGCAAAUCAUCAAGUUGUUACUCAGAUUUCAUCAGGGACUCAUUCAUGUGGAACUGGAGCAUGGAGAUGGAGACUCAAACUAGACUACAUGACCCCCAGUAAUUUCAGAUGAAUUUAAAUAUAACAGAUGGUCACUGGUCUUCAAGGUAUGAUUGCCCAUACUACUAGAUUCUCUUUCCUUCCAAUUACAAGCUUCUGAUGAUGCUGGCAGGUGGAGGACUGAUAGUUUAAGAGGAAGAACUGAAUUCAGUGAUAAGGCUGGGGGAGGGAAGGGCUGUUGUUAACAAUGUUUUGAGCAGGCAGACAGAGGAAGCAUGCCAAAUUAAAAUCUGCCCUGAUUUGGUCAGUCUUCAAAUUGUUAUUACGGGAGCCAUAACAGCUUAUCCGUAUAUCUCAGAAACCAAGUCUGUAAGAAGUGUAUGACUGAAAAAGCUAUUCAUUAAUUCUUUGUCAUUUCUAAUGCCAUAGUUUGAAGAGUAAGUUCUCACAAGCAGCCAGAGAAUCUCUAUAGAUCGUAACUGCAUCAUUCUAUCUUUAGCAUCCCCUAAUAGGUAAUAAUUUUAGUCUGCAAUGUGAAGCUUAUGUUUGCUAAGAUAAUUCCAUUGCCAUUUGCACAUGGGAUACAGUUAGAAGAUGAAUUUUAUGUAAAUGCUUUGCCAUAUGGUUACAUUCUGUGCUAAGUUUGAAAGCUAUUAUUAAGAGGGUUUACUGAACAUUCUGAUAGAAGAAUAAAGGAAUUUUAGAGAAUUGGAAGACAAGCUAGAAAGAAAGAAAGACUUUCACAACUUAUAAUCUGAAAUAAAAUGACUGCUCGAUAAAUAGACAAAUAAAGAAGCAUCUUGGUAAAUUUAUGAAGUAAACUUUAUUGGACAAAUACUGAAACUGUUGUCAUGCGGUGAUUUUCAUAUAUGUAACUGGAAGACUGUUCAGAGAGAUCAAAUUGUGCUCAUAUGAGCUAGGAUGAAUAUUUACACAACUGUCCUCUUUGCAUUAUUGUAUUUAAGUAUGCUAAAAAUACAAUAUUUUUACAUCUGUACAAAAGAGAAAUCUUAUAAUAUUUGGGCCAAGACUUAAUGCUGUAUCUAAGUUAUUUUAUUCAUUAUUCUCUUUCUCCUUUGAGGUCAUCUUCAAUCUCUUAUUCCCUCUUGCCAAAAAUCUUACUAUAACAUUGGAAAGACAACAUAAAUUUGGUUUCUAUCAGAAUUUAAUCGCUAGUUAACAUCUUUAAUAGCAAAUAUGUCAACAAUUAGACACAUGAGCUCCAAAAAUUAAAUAACUGGUGACUGGUAGCA